AAAUUAGUCAUUUAAAACCUCUUUAGAGGUCAGAGCCAAAAGCCAAGAUUGCCAAGGCAAGCUAAAACCGCGCGCGCGUCAUACCCUCCAAAUUGCAGACUUCAAACAAGAAAAGAAAGGAAUACAUAUAUAGCACCAUAUAUAUCUGUUUCCAUAUAUAAUUAUAUCUCCCCUGAUCUCUCUUUCUCAGCUUAACAUUCUUCGGUCUCUCUAGAUCUCUCUCAAUGGCAAAUUUUAGUUGCAGAAUCUCUGCCAUGAUCCGAAUUCUUCUCGUGGUUUCUCUCUACUUCUUAGACUUCGGCUUUUUACGAGAAGUGACAUCACUUGGCAUCAAUUAUGGUCAACUGGGCGAUAAUUUGCUACCACCCGAGAAAGUCCUCGAUUUGUUAAGCUCCCUUCGACUCACGAAAGCAAGAAUUUACGAUACAAAUCCUCAGAUUUUGACAGCAUUCGCCAACUCCAAUGUAGAACUCAUUGUCACAGUCGAAAACCAAAUGCUAGCUCAGUUAAUGGACCACCAACAAGCCCUUCAGUGGGUCAGCUCCCAUAUCAAGCCUUACUUCCCUGCAACAAGAAUCACCGGGAUAGCAGUAGGAAACGAGAUCUUCACCGGUGCCGAUACGACCGGCCUAAUGUCGUAUCUUGUUCCGGCCAUGGUCAGCAUCCAUGGUGCUCUAGUUCAAUUAGGUCUGGACUCGCACAUUCAUGUCUCUACGCCCAAUUCUCUAGCCGUUCUUGCCGAGUCAUAUCCGCCUUCUGCCGGGAGUUUCAAAACCGAGGUAUAUGAAACCAUGUCACAGGUGCUACAAUUCUUGUCGAGCACCAAAGCACCCUUUUGGGUCAAUGCCUAUCCGUAUUUUGCUUACAAGGAUAACCCAAACAAGAUUUCUUUGGACUAUGUGCUUUUUAAUCCUAACUCAGGAAUGGUCGAUCCUUAUACCCAUUUACACUAUGACAACAUGCUCUAUGCUCAAGUAGAUGCAGUCAGUUUUGCUAUUGCUAGAAUGGGGUAUCGUGGAAUAGAGGUUGGGGUCUCGGAAACUGGGUGGCCGUCGAAAGGUGAUCCCAGUGAAGUUGGUGCAACGAUGGAGAAUGCGGCUGUUUACAACAGGAACUUGAUGAGAAGGCAAUUGCAGAACGAAGGGACACCUUUCAGUCCUAACAUGCGGCUCGAAGUUUAUCUGUUUGCUUUGUUCAAUGAGGAUUUGAAGCCAGGACAGACUUCUGAGAGGAAUUAUGGUCUGUAUCGGCCUGAUGGAACCAUGUGUUACAAUGUUGGCCCCUCUGCCCUAACAAGUAGUACUACUAGUACUUCAACUUCAACCAGUACUUCAACUUCAACAAGUACUUCCAUUUCUCUUACUUCCUCUGCCAUGAAGGCCACAACUAUGGAAUAUCAAAGCUUGGUGUACUCGCUGUUUGUGUAUUUGCUGACCUUCCAUGUUUUAAUGAGAUCAAGACCAUUUUAAGGAAUGAGAUCAAUUACGUUGAUGCAAAUAUCCCUUUUUUGGUAAGAAAAAAAAGGGGUUUUCGUGCACAGCUAGUUGAAAUAUAGAGACCCUUUAAACGUACACUUUCAAGCUUCAUGACGUUAAAGACCUCUAAUUAUGAUGAACUCUCUCAAAGGUAACUCUAUCAUGCAUCCAACAAACAUUUCGAUCGAGCCAAAAAUGGGCCAUAGCUAGCCUUCAUGAAUAAUAUCAGACGGUUAUAAUGAAUUCCUACUUUACGAACCUCAAAAAAUCAGGCAUCCGUUAAAGACCAUGCAGCAAGUGAUGAGCAAGUCAUGAUCAAGAUUCGAGACAGUCAUAUCUUUGUUGUUUUAGUGCAAUAUGAUCUAGAUUUAUUCGAUCUUCAACUUACUUUGUCAUUUAGUUAGCUAGGAUAUAUAUGUGUACGUAAAAAAUUAAUUGUUGUUAAGGUCAUUUCCGUUUAUCGCAAAGCGAAUUGUAUGUUGUAAGAGGGAAUUAUUAGCGUAGCGAUCAGAAA